AUGCUCAACCGCAUCAUCACAAUCAUGGUCAACAGAGGCGCAAUCACGGCAUUCCUCCCGUCCUCUGUUACACCGGCAUUGACAUCCCUCCAGAAAUUUCUUUUCCCACAGAUGUUCGUGGGGCUCGCGUUCCACAACCGACAGAGGCGUAUUGAGUCCUGA